AUGACAGGCCGUCAAAAUGAAUACUUUAUCCCCGGUGAUGGAAUCAGCCGCGAGGUGAUCCAGGCAGAUAUCUGUCGCUACCUUGGAAAUGAUGCACUUGUGCGACCCGGCAACCAUGAAGGCCGCCCGGGAUUUUUCAUCCGUGCCUAUCGGAAUCUCACAUCAGAAAUGAUUGCUGAUCUCAAGGCUGACUCCGCUCGGUGGGAGGCGGACGUCUCACGUCGGGCUGACCUAGGCUAUCCACGAGGUAGUUACAUCCAAGAUGUGAACAUGUCACAUCCUCCUAAUUCUGGCGCAGCCAGCUAUGCCACUUCGGCUGUCCAUGAGGUUCGCCAACAACAGGGGCCGUCCCCAACUACCUUCAGUGCGGCUCCCGCACAGACCUACAUGGAAUAUCCCCAGGGUUCCUAUGGCGGAUCCCAGAAUGUUUCCUACAACCAACCCCCUUCUUCCUACAGCUCCACACAUUCACCCUACGCAUCAGGCCAAGCUCCGUACCCUCCACCCCAAGUCUCAUACUCUGGUCCUCCCCAACCCGUGGUUACGGCUGCUGACAUGCACCCCACUUCCUAUACCUACGCAACUGGUUAUGGCUACGAGGGUGGCCGAAAUGCCCCCAGAUAUCCAGGACCCGGCUAUAAUGACCAGCCGGACUACUCUCCCCAGACCACUGGGAUGUCUUACCCUACUACUACCGCCCCAGAUCCCCGGAUAGGAGGAAUGGAGCCGAGAUAUACCCCGGAAUACGAGCGCAGUAGGCCACAACCCACCAGAGAACGAGACCCGCAUCGCCGGCGGUAA